CGCGUGCGCUCUCUCUUUUCUCAGGCCGAGGCCGGGUGGACUGAGGGCGCUGCUUGGGCCUGCCUUGCUCCGGGGUCCUGCCUUGACCGCCUCCUUCUCCCGGGCGCUGUAAAAAUGGCAACCAACUUCCUUGUGCAUGAGAAGAUCUGGUUUGACAAGUUCAAGUACGAUGAUGCCGAGAGGAGAUACUAUGAACAGAUGAAUGGUCCAAUUUUCAGCCCUUCAUGCCAGCAGGAGAACGGAGCCAGCACGAUCCUACGCGACAUUGCCAGAGCCAGGGAGAAUAUCCAGAAGUCGCUGGCCGGACUCAAGACAGUUUUGCAAAAACCCCAGGAAGCCCCUCCUGCGCGUCGCAAGAAGCAGUCGGGUCGUGCGACUAGUGCAAGCAGCACCUCUUCGGCAGGGCCCUCUGGAGACCAAAACGAGCUGGUUGCCAGGAUCGUCAGUCUGGAGGCGGAGAAUCAGAGCCUUCGUAGUGUGGUUACAGAGCUCCAGCUUGCCAUCUCCAGAUUGGAAACUCGCCUGUGUGUACUGGAAAAGGCAUCUACCUCUCAUCACCCUUCUCCGACACCACCCACCCAGCAUGUCACCCCCAUGAAGAAAGCGGAGCCGUUUCCCGCUCCCUUGAGGAAAGUAGAGCUGCCUGCGGCUUCGCUUGCAAAACGGGCGGACUCUCCUGCUGCCGAGGACGAGGACGAUGACAUUGACCUUUUUGGCAGUGACGAUGAGGAGGAGGAUCAGGAGGCUGCCAGGGUCCGGGAAGAGCGGCUCCGGCAGUACACGGAGAAGAAGUCCAAGAAGCCGGGCCUGAUUGCCAAGUCCUCCAUCCUCCUGGAUGUCAAACCCUGGGAUGACGAAACGGACAUGGCCAAGAUGGAGGAACGCGUCCGAACCAUUCAGAUGGAUGGUCUGGUCUGGGGAGCCUCCAAACUGGUCCCGGUGGGCUACGGCAUCAAGAAACUCCAGAUCCAGUGUGUGGUGGAGGAUGACAAGGUUGGAACAGAUAUACUGGAGGAGGAGAUCACCAAAUUUGAAGACUACGUACAGAGUGUUGACAUAGCUGCUUUCAACAAGAUUUAACAGCAAACCUUUACACUUUCUAAAGCAAAUAAAAGGUCAAGAGUUGGAGAGCA